GGUGGGGAGGGGUCCGCAGGAUGUGAAGAUGUGCGCUCAGGAUACUCGCUACUGCACGGACACGGGACAGCGUCUCGACAAGCAACCGGCGCGUCAGCGCAGCAUCAGGGCUCUGGACGGGGUACUGCGCUGGGUCUUCACCAAGAUGAGCGAGAAGAAGUUCGGGGACAGGGAAUGCCUGAAGGGAGAACCUGCUUGCCGGGACCGUGUCGUUCCCGAGAACAGGAAAGGCAUCUCAGUCAUACUAGAUAUAUUCAGAAGAGCUGAUAAAAAUGAUGACGGCAAGUUGUCCCUGGAUGAAUUCCGGACAUUCUUUUCUGAUGGGACCCUCAACGAAGAAGAACUGGAAAAUCUCUUCCAUACAAUCGAUUUGGACAACACCAAUCACGUGGACACAAAGGAGCUCUGUGAUUACUUUGCCUCCCACAUGGGUGAUUAUGAAGAUGUCCUGGCCUGCUUGGAGACAUUAAACCUAUCGAUUCUGAAAGCUAUGGACUACACCAAGAAGGUUUACGAGAGUGGGACGAAGUUGGACCAGUUUGUGACCCGUUUCCUGUUGAAGGAGACAGCCAGCCAGAUCCAGUCAUUGCUGACUUCUGUGGAAAGUGCAGUUGAUGCCAUAGAGGAUCAGACCACUCAGACAGGGUACUAUGAUGGCACAGCAGGCCAGGCAGUGGUGGGGAACUGGUACAGGCACACUGCGGCCAUCACAACGAGCAGCAGGCAGACGACCAGAGACAAGAAACUGAAGACUGACCUGGCUAUAACAGCCAGCAGAGGAGACAGUCUCGAACUGCAGAUCAACAGAUUGGCCGAACUCAUUGGCCGCUUGGAGGACAAGACCGUCUGGCUUGACCUGCAGCAGAAGGUGAUGGAUAAAGAGAGCCUGACCUGCUCGCAUCUCCUUCUUGUCCGCCAACACAUGACGGUGGGGCAGAAUCAGCUGACAGAGUUUGGCUGCUCUCUGAAGCAAUAUCUGAAGGACGUGUCAGCACAGCGAGACUGCUUCCAUGUUACAGCUGUGAGGUUACCGGAUGAACUGUCCUUUGUCGUCUAUGAGUUUUGGGAGACUGAGGAACAGUGGAAGAAACACCUUCAAAGUGAAAAAUCCAGAGCAUUCCAACAUGUCAAAGUGGACUCACUGGCCCAGCCUGAGACUGUCUCUACGUUGUUUAUACCAGCUGCCUGGUGUACUUUGGAUGGAAAAUAACUGGGGCCUCUCAGGGAAGCUGAGGGAGAGGCGCUGCUGCUUCAGACCAGACAAACAGGCACCCCUCUCUUACUAAAAUGGCAGCUUCCAUACAAGGCCUUGGUUUAUUUUGCAUUAUUUCCUGGAAUAUUUGUUGACUAUUUUACGCACGUUAUUUAUUAAAGAAAAUCGGUGUAUUUGAGCUGAGUGUGUCUGACAGACCCUAUGCCAAUGGGAGGAACUCAAUAAAGCCAAACGGUUGUAUUGAGAGAGCUGAUGAUCUGCUCCCUUUGGCCUGAGCCUGUCCGUGGCCUCACCCUUUCUGUCCUAAGCGGGUCUGAGCAUGGAGGUGGCUCGGAACUUGCCUGGUUGCAUUCAGCACUGACUAUGCUGCCUCGGUUGUUGUAGAGAAGAAUGGGAGAGAAGCGCCAGUUGAUGGCCAGGACAAACAGUUUGGUGCUGAACAUUGGGUGGAACAAUCAGCUGAGUCCCUCGCCAGACUAAAGUACCUACAUUCCCCUGAGAGGGCAAUGCCUCCAAAUUCAUCCUUUAUUCGUCUUUAUUCCUAUUGUAUUGAUCCUCUCCCCAACUUCUUCCUACAAUUCUGCUCUUACCUUUUCAUAUGUUACCCUGUGUGCCUGCUGUAUCUCCCUUUCUCAGUGCCCUCUGCAUAAUUUGUAUAUGUUUUCUUCCUGUAUCGUCUACCUCUCUCCCCCACCUAUUUCCCCUGAUGGCCAUUCACGGAACCCAGGAGUUUACAAGCCCCAAUUCAGAAGUUCCCAAUUCAGAUAGACACGAACAGAGACCCACAGAUAUACUGUAGUAAGAACCCACAGAUAUAGACAGAGACUCGGGUAGAAACGUGGAGACACUGAGACCCAUAGAUACAGACUCAUGCAAUGAUGUGGAUAUCGGCAGCUGUAUCCUGACCCACCCCCCAGAUGCCAGAUUUCCCAAUCCAAAGGGAAAAUAGACAGCCCGGUUAGUGUUGGUGCUUGAGCUGGAGUUGGUUGAGGGAGGGGAACUGCUCCCCAUUCAAGGGACUGUCAGGCAGGCUGCCACUUUGCUUUAAGUGUUAAUUUAGCUGAGUAUGUGCAUCAUUUAGUUUUGUAGUUCUACAGUAAACUGCUGAUGAUCCCCUUUGUUACAAAUGUACAAUAAUAACUCAUAGCUGUUAAGAUUUAGAGAAGAAAAUAUACAUUGACUCCCACCAAGUGCAGGGAGGGGUUAUGAGGAAUCCUGCGUGCUGCUCUUGGACAUUGAAUGAAUGCUAAACAUGACCUUAUCCAAAUAAAGUUAACUCUAACCAA